UUUUUUCCAAGCUCCUCGAGUUGAGGAUCGCACACUUGCGAAUUUACCCAAAACUUAUUUAUUUAUUGCUAAAGCUGUCGGUUCGUUGAUAAAAAUAUUUUUUGCAGCGAUGUCUGCUGCACUUAUGUCAUUUUUUAUACUACAGUUUAGUACUACGCUUAAGCAAAUUAGGAAUUAAUCGGUAUAGUAGGGGAAAGAAAUUAACUCAAUUUCAUGAUAAAUCAAGAGUAAGUAAAAAGAGUACGUAUAGCAUAAAUAAAGAUUUCCGCCAUAAAGAAUACACAACAUUUUUUAAAGUAAAAUCAUCGGAAGUGUAAAUCCUCGGAUGAUAACGUAGAGCUCUGAUUGGAAGACCGCUGCCAACACCCCAUACGUUCUAAUUGACUACUUACGUUACGUUCUAUGAGUUAUUCGGUGAAGCGUGAAAAUUUGUUUAUUUAAUCGAUAAGUUCGGCGAUGACAGCCACCACAAAUUAAGCAUUUAUUUUCGGAAAAUAGCAAUACAGGGAGGUUAAACAUCCUCUAAGCUGAUUCAUAAUAAAUAUAUAAGAUAAUAAGAAACGCGCAAAAUGAGCACCAAAUUUGUAUUUUUGGAGUCCAUUGAUAUACUGGGCACAAUACCUCAAUACCACACAGUUCUCAUAACAUUUAUAGCAUUUGUACUUUGGCUAACUUUUGCUAAAAGAAGAUACCUGUCUGAGAGCAAUUCUAACAACGAUGAACUAGAAAGGAAGCUGGAGCAGUGGAGACCGGAGCCACUGAUACCGGAGACCCAAAAAGAUCAUCCUUCUUUAAAUCCUAGAAAAAUCACUUCGCGAGUGGGUAAGAGAAUAAUUGUCGAUGGCAAGGAUUGCUUGAAUCUGGCUACGCACAAUUACUUGAGCUUGACAGAAAAUGCUGAGAUUGAGAAGAAAGCCAUUGAAACCGUGGAAAAGUAUGGAGUUGGUUCCUGUGGUCCUCGUGGAUUUUAUGGAACAGUGGAUGUACACUUGGAGUUAGAAGAACGCUUAGCACAAUUCAUGCAAAUGGAAGAGGCUGUUGUUUAUUCUUAUGGAUUCAGCACAAUUGCAUCUGCUAUUCCAGCCUAUUGCAAAAGGAAGGACAUGGUGUUUGUUGAUGAAAAAGUCAAUUUCUCUAUACAGAAGGGACUUGAUGCCUCUAGAUCAAAUAUUAAGUAUUUCAAGCACAAUGACGUGGAAGAUCUUGAGAGAAUACUAAAAGCUCAGUCAGGCUUAAACAAGAAAAAUACUAAAAAUAUAGAGACCACUAGAAAAUUCUUGAUUGUGGAAGGUAUUUACAUGAAUACUGGAACCUUGUGUCCUCUACCUCAAUUGGUGGCCCUGUGCAGAAAGUAUAAACUGCGAAUUUUCGUCGAUGAGUCUAUAUCAUUUGGAACACUUGGAGCUACUGGCAGAGGAGUUACUGAACAUUUCAAUGUUCCUAGACAUGAAAUUGACAUGAUCAUGGGAUCUCUGGAAUGGGCCAUUGGUUCCAUUGGUGGCUUUUGUGUUGGGUCAUCAUUUAUCAUUGAACAUCAAAGGCUAUCAGGACUUGGAUACUGCUUUUCUGCUUCUCUACCACCACUUUUGACAUCAGCUGCUAUUACUUCUUUAGACAUCAUGGAAAACAAUCCAGAAAUUUUUGCUACGCUCAAGCAAAAAUGUCAGGCUUUUGACAAUGGUGUUAAAAAAAUUAAUAGCCUUGAAUGCAUAAGCUUUGUUGACUCACCAGUCAAACAUUUAUAUUUGAAGGAAAAGCUUGAUUAUGAUAAGGAAAAAAAACUAAUCAAAGAAAUAUCUGACAAGUGUUUUGAAAAUAAUUUAUCCAUUAUAGUUCCAGCAUAUUUACAUGCUGAAAGAGAUUACCCCAGGCCUAGCUUGAGAAUAUGUAUUUGUACUGCUUUGAAUCAAAGCGAUAUUGAGUUUGCAUUGCAAACUUUACAACAAUGCACCAAGGAAGUUUUAUCCGCAUAGAUUUAAUUAUAAUUAAACGCUACAAAUAAAACUUUUUAACUGCAAAUUAAAUAAUAUUAAAUAUAAUAAAAGUUAUACUAAUACAUACGUUGAAAUGGUCACAAACAAUUGUAAAUGUAAAUAAAAUUUAUUUAUUUCUUUUCUUUACACAAA